CCCAUCCGCACUUACCUCCGUCGAAUUGUCUGCUGGAGCCAUACAACCUGCUCUUGCUACGAAUCUCAUCUGGCGUUGACGGGGUCCUGCCCAUUCUCCAGGAGCUUUGCGAGUGCGUCCGCGCAUACUCUAGCCACGUCGCUCGCAGUCGACACUUGAAGCUUGAAGGCUGGAAUCAUUAUGUCGACGACCGGCACAACUACUGAAUCCAACUUCUCGGCGGAGAGUUACUAUGCGACACAGCCGCCCCCCUCCAAUCUGGAUCAAGAAGUACGGAAUGUCCGCGACUUCGUCCGCAAGCACGUCAACGCAGGCAGAAAUGUCGUUCUCGUGACGAGCGGCGGGACGACAGUUCCGUUAGAACUCAACGUCGUUCGGUUCUUGGACAACUUCAGCGCAGGCACUCGUGGCGCAACUUCUGCCGAAUACUUCCUGAAGGCAGGCUAUGCGGUCAUAUUCAUGCACCGACAAUUCAGCUUGCAGCCCUUCAGCAGGCACUAUUCACACUCUACCCAUCCAUUCCUGGACUUCCUUGAAAUCGAGCAGGACGGUUCUGGAGGUGGCAACUCCCCCCUUCGGAUCGACGUUACGGAGAAAGAGCGCGCUCCGUUGCUUGAGGUGCUCACCUCAUACAAGAAUGCCCACACCGCAGGUCUCCUGCACACCCUCACAUUCGUGACUGUGAAUGACUAUCUAUGGCUUUUACGCGCCGUCAGCCAAGAGCUCGCCGUCUUGGGGCGGCGCGCACUGUACUAUCUUGCUGCCGCCGUCAGCGACUUCUUCCUACCCAGACAAAAGAUGUCAGAGCACAAAAUACAAUCAGGAAAGGGCAGCCUGCACAUAGAAAUGGAUCAGGUCCCGAAGAUCUUGAAGCCGCUGGUUUCUGAGUGGACGCACGGUCAAGCCUUCAUCGUGUCCUUCAAACUCGAAACUGACCCAUCGCUUCUGGUACCGAAAGCACAACAGGCUCUGGCUCGGUACGGACACCAAGUCGUUAUCGGAAACGACCUCCACACUCGCAAGCACCAGGUUGUCUUUGUAUCACCAUCCGCCGAUAAAGACGGGAAAUACGUCGAAGCAUGGAUCCGCAUGGAUCCGUCUCAAGACUCAAUAAAAGAGAUAGAAGAGGAUAUCAUCGUAGAGCUGGCGCGCAGACAUCGUACUUGGAUAGAUCUAGCGAUCUCUUGAUUCGGAGGUAAUGCUCAUGUACAACCUGAGUUUGCCACAACGUAUAGAUUGGUGACAAGGAUGUAUCCUGCGAUUUCUGCGCUAUAAUGUGAAAUGACCAG